AUGGAGUCUGAGAACAGCACUGGAGUGACCGAGUUUAUCUUGACAGGGUUGUCCCAUGGACGUGGAACCCAGUUUUUCCUCUUUGUCCUCUUCCUCACUUUCUACCUGAUUGUCCUUCCAAGCAACAUUUUGAUCAUCAUCGCCAUCCGGGGCGAUCCCCACCUCAGCUCACCCAUGUACUUCUUACUGGCCAACUUGGCUUUCUUGGACAUCUGGUAUUCCUCCAUCACUGCUCCCAAAAUGCUGGUUGACUUCUUUGCAGAGCGCAAGGUCAUUUCCUUUGGGGGCUGCAUUGCUCAGCUCUUCUUUCUCCAUUUUGUAGGGGCCUCUGAGAUGUUCCUGCUCACCAUCAUGGCCUAUGACCGCUACGUUGCCAUAUGCCGGCCCCUACACUAUACCAACUUGAUGAGCCGGCACCUUUGCAUUGUACUGGUGAUAGUAGCUUGGGCUGGGGGCUUUGUCCACUCCCUCAUUCAGGUCAUGCUGAUUCUCCGCCUCCCUUUCUGUGGACCCAAUGAACUGGACAACUACUUCUGUGAUAUCACCCAAGUGUUGAGGAUCGCCUGUGCUGACACCUUUGCCGAGGAGAUGGUGAUGAUCUUCAGCAGUGGCCUCAUCUCUGUGGUCUGCUUCAUAGCCCUCUUGGUCUCAUAUGCCUUUUUGGUCACCAUGUUGAAAAAGAAUGCCAGUGAUUCAGCGAGCAAAGCACUCUCCACUUGUUAUUCCCACAUCACCAUUGUCAUUUUCAUGUUUGGUCCUGCUAUUUACAUCUAUGCCCGACCUUUUGACAAAUAUGCCCCUGAUAAGGUGGUCUCUGUCUUCCACACCAUCAUCUUUCCCCUCCUGAAUCCCAUCAUUUACACCCUCAGGAACAAGGAGAUCACAACAGUCAUGAAGAGGGUUGUUACCCAACACCUCGUUUGCAAGAAAUAUUGCAGAUGA